AUGUUCAACAAAUCAAAUAUCGCGCUCGUCGCCUCAAUAAUCGCAGCAGCUGCUGCUCACGGUACUGUAGAUGUCUUCAGUGCCAACUACCAAGACUACCAAGGUGCCGACAACUGGGCUUCCGCUAGAAAUGCGAACUCCGCAGUCAGACAAUUCCCGGCUGACACUGGUUAUGUCGGUGGUGACGGCAUUUACAACCCAUCUCUGAUUUCUUGUGGCUCAGCUGGACAAUCACCAACACCAACAGUUGUCACCACUCAAGCGGGCUCAUAUGUCAAUGUGCACUGGGAAGGCAGUGCAGGUCCAAACGGUAAUUCAUGGCCUCACCCAGUAGGUGCCGUCAUGGGAUACAUGGCACCAUGUGACAACAACGACUGCACCUCGUUCAAUUCAGCAGACGCCAGCUACUUCAAGAUAUUCCAAGAUGGCCAUGAUAUGUCUGUUCCAAAUGAGCAAGGCUGGAUCGACCACAUGCCCGCCGGCGGUUCAAAUGGCUAUGGUCUGUGGGGUGGAACAAAGUCUAUGCUCCAAGAGGGUUCAUGGAUGGCUAUGCAGAUCCCUGCUGAUAUCCCAGCUGCUCAAUACUUGCUUAGAGUUGAGCACAUUAGCUACCACAACAUGUGGGCUCCACAGCACUAUCCAGCCUGUAUUCAGUUAAACAUCGAGAGCUCCACUCCGAAUGGCUCUCCAUUCCCAGCUUUGACUCCUGCUGGUGAAUUGUACAACUGGGAGUCUGAGCAGGUCGAUGUAUACCAACAGAACUUCUAUUACGACGUCAACAAAGUCGGACCAGCACUCUACUGGGGUGCAUCAAACAACGGCGGUACUAACGCUAAGCGUCGUCGUCACCACGCUGAUGCCUCUCACUAA